AUGAAGAAGAAUGGACGAAACAAUAAUUUCUUCUACUUGUAUAAGCACAAGUACCUGAUCACGGGGGUGACCAUCCUGUCCUUCAUCCUUAUGUUUCAAUACAAAUACCAUGAAGUGCUGAGCCUACACAAUAAUAAUGAAAAUGUGGUACAGAGCAGCAAGCUCUUCUGGGCACGCCUCCUCUUUGGACGAACAAGGAGUCGCAUCACAGGGCAAAUAUUAAAAAUGGAAAUCCCAAAUACCUACAGAUUAUUCAUCUUCAAUUUUUUAAUAAAAUAUAUGCACAUAAACAAGGAAGAAAUAAAAUACCCCAUAGAGUCCUACAAAUCGAUUGGUGACUUCUUCUCCCGCUACAUAAAGGAGGAAAUGAGACCCAUUGGGGAUGUUAGUGAUUACGCCAUAGUUAGUCCAUGCGACAGUGAACUGGUAGAUUACGGAGAGCUGACUUCAGAAUAUCUGGAAAAUGUAAAAGGAGUGAAAUUUAACGUAAAUACAUUUUUAGGAUCCAAAUUUCAGAAAAAGUAUAAUGAUGGAAGUACCAAAUUUUUUUAUGCCAUUUUUUAUUUAAGUCCAAAAAAAUACCAUCAUUUUCAUGCCCCUUUUAAUUUCAAAUAUAAUAUUAGAAGACAUAUAUCUGGAGAAUUAUUUCCAAUUUUUCAAGGCAUGUUUAAAUUUAUUAACAAUCUGUUUAAUAUUAACGAGAGGGUAAUUCUGUCUGGGGAGUGGAAAGGUGGAAAUAUAUACUAUGGAGCCGUUAGUGCAUACAAUGUAGGGAAUAUUAAAAUAAUAAACGAUGAAGAAUUGGUGACCAAUAAUUUGAGACAUCAGUUAAGCUACAUGGGGGGAGAUAUCAACACGAAAAUUUUCGACUCGUAUAAAAGUGUCGAAGUUGGAGAAGAAAUUGGGGAAUUCAGAAUGGGCUCAUCCAUUGUUGUGAUCUUUGAAAAUAAAAACGACUUCACUUGGAAUGUCAACCAUAAUCAGAUCGUCUCCGUGGGUCAGCGACUUGGCGGGGUCGGCGAGCCCAUCAAGGAGGAAAACAGGUUCAUCAAAAUUAGGAGCUGA